CCUUAUUGUUUUAACCAUCAAGUCCUGUGCAUAAUAUAUACAAGUUUUUCCAAAACCAUCACAGUUUGAAUGUAUUGGUGUAAUAAAAGCAUCCAGAGUCACAGAUUUAUCCAUUUCUGGAAUAAGGGAAUAAAACCUAUAUGCCUCUUCUCCAACAUGAACUGGCAUGUUCAGUUUAUUAAAUAUUUCAUUAAAAACGUAUUCAUACCCAUACUUGGCACUUGUUCUAAGACUUAUAUAAUAAAGCUUUCCAUUAUCUGUCCAUUCUUUGAUAAUUUGAAUCAAUUCUUGGAGACUUUCUUCUCUUUUUGGAAAAUGUAAAUACUUUGUUAAGAAAAAUGUGGUAUCUAAAUAAAUAGUAUCUAUAAUUUUCACUUUACCAAACUGAUCAUAAAAUACAUCGAAUCUUUUAAUAUCAUUUUUACUAAUUCUGUAGUCUCCAGUAUAUAAAAUUCUAGUACCAUUUUCAAAAAGAAACAUUACUGAACCAGGACAGUGACCAGCAGGUAUUAAAGUCACUGAAAUUUUUUUAUUUUCUAAUAAAAUUGUAAUUGCGAUGUUUAAGUCUAGUUCUUUUACAUUAUUUUUAAUAUAAGGAUGCAACCUUUUAAGAAUUGCACAAGAAAUCUGAGACGCGUAUAAAUAUUUCCCUUUUUCUACCAGUUGUUCUUGAAAACAGUAUAAUCCCAAUCCUCUCAUAUGAUCGCUAUGACAGUGAGAUAAAAAAUAAGCUUCAGAUUCAAAAUUUUCUCCAUCAAAUCUGUCCACACUGAUAUUGGGUAAUUCUUGAAUUUUCCCGCCAAAAGUGCUCAUCCUAUGAUUUUAAAUUUGCCGCGUCUUUUUCCGGAAAUGAGCUUUUGUUUUGGCGGUCGUCGAGAAGUUGUAGGUUAUUUAUCCGCUAACCUAUUUUCGCUCAAAAUUCAUUGCUGCAAAAAUUUGUAUUUAUUAUUAUGAAAUUCUGUUUACUCGUGUUGAAAAACAAAUAAUUAUUUUUACUAACCUUUUCCAAAUAAUUCCAUAUUGUGUAAACUGGUGAAAUUUUAACAAGGGUUCCAUACACCAGCGGCCAUUUGCCACCAGCAAAGUGAAGGACGACGUUAGUUUUUCACAAAGCUUGGUUAGGUUGUCAUAAUCUAAGAUAUUUUUACAUAUUAAUUGGCAAUCAUGCUCAAACCAAGCUAGAAAACAAUGGAAGAAUCUUUUGGUUUAACCUGGGAGGAUUCAACCACAGUUGUUCAGACUGAAGAGGUAAUUUGUGGUAUUGAAAAUGAAAUCAUCCCAGCAGAAAGCGAUGAAUUCGUCCAAGAGGAAAUGGUUAGUGAAGAGGUGGUAGAAACUGAAAAUAAAAGUGAUGAAGUUGUUGAAUUACAAGAUGGUGUUCCAGAUAUACAAGAAACGCAGGAGGUACAAGAAGAUGUAGGCAUGGAACGGCUUAUGUAUCUAUCCGAUGGUAACGUUCUUGUUGUUAACCAGCAAUCAUCUGAACCUCAAUUCGAAGAACUAGAGGAAUGUCAAGUAUCUGAAGAAAUUAUUACUGGAGAAUGGGAAGAUAAUUGUGCUGAAGAAAUAGUUGUUGGCUCAGAGGAAGCUAUAGGUACAGAAGAAAUCAACCAGGAAGAUUUUGACAUACCUCUACCAACUGAUCAAGAUGAAUAUACAGCAGCAAGACCUUAUCCCUGUGACUUUUGUAGUCGUAGAUUUAGAAAGAAAGCGAAUCUCAUGAAUCAUAUGGUAGCACAUCAGACAGACAGACCUCAUGGGUGUAAUUUAUGUGGUGUUCGAUACAUAAGAAAAUGUGAUUUGAUGAAUCAUCUGAAGAUUCAUGCUUAUAUACCAGAAGGAGAUGGCCUCGAUGAUGAAGAUAUCCAAACUACAGAUGAUUUUGUUGAAGAAAAGAAAAAAAAAGGGAAACCAGUUGGAAAGAAGAGAAAAAAGAAAAUCAAAGAAGAAUUUGUUGAAUCGUAUGAAGAUCUUGGAGCUUCUAGUUCCAGAACAUAUAAUUAUGUUGAUGAAGACAUGAAACUAAUGGAACAGAUGUCAAAUAAUGUCAAGCAUGACUACAAUUACAUUCAAGAGGAAGAUCAGCAGCCUAUCGAAACUCGAUAUCCUGUUACUGAUCCCAGAAAACCCUUCGUCUGUCAACAUUGUGGUGUUGGGUUUGCCAGAGAAAAAGCUAUGAUGUCUCAUAUAAGAAUGCAUUCGGAAGGUGACAGCCCUUUUGAGUGUCAAAAAUGCGGCGAAAUGUUUUGGGAUCUGAUGCAAAUGAAGGCGCACAAUAAGGAAAAGCAUGGAGAUGUGGACGAUUACGAAGAUGAUGAUGAUGAAGAUUAUUCUGAAGAGGAUACUAAAUAUGGAACCUACUAUUGUUCAACUUGUGGCCUCUCUUUCCAUAGACAAGACAAUCUUCGACGGCACCAAAGAAUUCACGUUAAGGAAGAAUAUGUAAAUGAACACGAAUUUGGUCAUAUAUGUAAUGUUUGUGGGGAGUCGUUUCAAGAGGCACUCGAUUUGUUGGCUCAUGCAGAAGUUCAUGCCAGGACACAUGAGUUCAGAUGCAUGAUAUGUGGAGAAGUGGCAGAGGAUGAAAAUUUGUUAGCAGUCCAUGUGCAGGCUAAACAUGGCAAAAAUCUACCUCCAAAUACUUGUAUGCUUUGUGGACGAAGUUGUAAAGACCGACGAACACUACUAAAACACUCUUGGGAACAUUCUAAGGAAAAAGUGUUUGCUUGUACAAAAUGUGACAAAACUUUUCACAAUAAAGCUCGGUUGAAACGUCAUAUGCUUUCUCACAGGAACAAAGUGGUGACAUGUGAUGUUUGUGGGGAGGAGUUUCCAGAUGGCAGGUCUUUGAUGAACCACAGACACAGUCACAGUAGUGUAUCUGGUAGGCAAUUUCCUUGCAGAGAAUGCGGCAAAACUUUUGGUUCUAGGAGUUCACAACAGAUUCAUAUUAGAAUACAUACAGGUGAGAGACCUUAUGGAUGCCGGUUUUGUUGGAAAGCUUUUGCUGAUGGAGGAACUCUUAGAAAACACGAACGUAUUCAUACUGGAGAAAAACCAUAUGCUUGUGCAGUCUGUCCACGGGCAUUUAAUCAGCGAGUCGUAUUACGAGAGCACAUACGGUCCCAUCAUUCAGCACCAGAUCCUAAAUAUGCCAACAGUAUGACACCUUACUGUUGUUCCGUAUGUUCAGACAUGUUUGCUACUUCGCAGGAUUUAAUUUUACAUUUAAUUCACCAUUGUGACAUGAAUACAGCUAUGAAACGACAACCACAAGUUGGUCCUAGGAAGUACAAACGAAGAAGAAAACUUAAACCUCACGAGUUGGAGAUGAUUACCAAUAGGUUAGAGGAUGGAGAAAAUGAACAAUCUGAGGAUUUGGGCGACAAUUAUACAGAUUCUGAAGAAGAAAAGGAAAGAAAGAAGAGAUAUAGUAGAAAGCAACCUUUAAAGAAACCUACAUCACCAGAAUCGCCUAAAGAUCCUGAAAGUGAAUCUUAUGUAGAGCUGUAUAAUAGUGUUUCAUCAACAAUAGAAAACAUUAAUUCUUUAGUGAAUUCAAAGUCAACGCCGAAGACCAAACAGCAAAUAAAAAAACUUAAAUCUGACCAGUCAUUGCCGAGCAGACCGAAAAUGAUCCAUACUCAGAAAACCCGAGUGCCUGUUGAAACGGGAGAAGACGGUAGGAUAAGGCAUAAGACAAAGACCUUAAUUACAAGAACCCAACCAACAGAAAUAAAAUCUGCUAUUGGCGAACGAAUACGACCGAGAACGAAAAAUGUCAACUACCAUGUUCUACAAGAAAAACUUCCAUUGGCCACCUUCGAAGACGUUACCUGCGACAAAGACACUCAAGAAGCCGUAGAAAACCUUUUAAAGCAAGAAAACGUUAUUGUGGAGCCAGAGCACCAAUCCAUAGACCAACAGCAACACAAUAAUGGCGUUAUCUACAUGGACCAGUUUGAACAACCUCCAGACGUUGCAUCCGAACAAACUGUGGAAAGCGAAGUUCCUGUACCCAUGGCUUUUAUUGAAGUUAGGAGGUCGACGAGGUCGAGUACUAGCAGUUCUAACAGUAAUAGUUUAAAGCCUGGGAGGCAUAUCAUUGGUCCAGGAAGUAAAGUAAGGCUAGUCAAAGAAGGUAUGAUAGUCUCGAAGAAAUCAAGAAACAAAAAAUCUGAAUCCGAAAAUGAAUUUCCACCAAGCGAAGUAAUCCACCACCAUAGUCUCAUUAAACAGGAAAUUAUAGAUCCUUCUCCACUGCACGAACUCGCCGAAAUUUCCAUGCAACACGCGAACGCCAAUGCGCAGAAUCUUUUCAAGUGUGAAAUGUGCAGCGAAGUUUUCUCCGAUCGAGCGCAACUUCUCGUUCAUGUACCCGUACAUAUUUGAUGUUAGUUAAAAAAAAAACACGAAAUGAGGUUAUGUUGAUAUUACUGUAGAAGAUAAAUUAUUUUGAUAUAGUUUUUAAUUGUUCGAAAAAAACCACUAAUUGUUAAUUUUACAGUGCGUUAAUGGUUGAUGUAACAUGUUCUACAACUUGUUGACUGUCGUUGUUUCAUAUCAAAUAUCAUGGCGGUUAAACAUAGUUUCUAUAAGCAAUACUGAAUUAUAGGUUAAGAAACGAAGGUUUGAGUUCUAUACCCCCAUUGACACUAUAAUUGGAGCCGUUUUAAUCCUGCUAUUUUUAUUUAAAAUAUAACAUGAUAGCAUUCAAUAGUAUAAUUUUUAAUUUCUACCUAGCAUAGCUGAUUAAAGAAUAGUUUAUUAAUCUCCUCUAAAUCUGUUUAAUUUAUUUAAUUGUGAUAUAUAAUCCAAAAAUGUGAAAAUAUACAAAUUGUUUCAUUUAAAAUAGUCUUAUGUUAAAUUACUGUGGAUAUCCUUAAAAUACCACAACACUAUCAUCAAAAUUUAAGUAUGAUCUCUUCUAUUUUUGUAAGUAUAAAGUACCCCUCAAAGUCUGCACGUAGAGGCCUUCUCAUUGUGACCUUCUCAGAUUCACAUUGGUAUUAAUUUUUUUUCCCAAAAUUUCUUUCAUCUAAGUAACUAAAAAAACCUUCAAUAUAAUAAACUAAAACAUUUUGAAUGAUUGCUAUUGUAAACAGUAAUGUAAUAUUUUAUAGGCUUCAACUUUAAAGAGUUCUAGUGCCUUUAGUAACUUUCGUUUUUGAACUUUAAAAUGGCUAUCUAAUAGACACACUGAACUGUAUAUUAAAUUGGAAGAACAAAGUCGAUCAACAAAAUUAAGCCGCAUAGCGAGGUGAUAUUUGACACUUUGGCGCCCACAUGUGCGUAUCGAAAUGCACUAAAAAGGAUCAUUAAAAUUAAAUUUAACACUUAUUACAUUCAACUAUGACACCUUUUAAUUUAAAAAAAAAAUCACUUAGAAAUGAUUUUUGAUUCAUACGCAGCUGAAACAAAUGUUCCAAUAAUAAUAAUAAUUAUUAAAAUAGCGCAUUAUUAAUAAAAAUUAAUAUAAUUAGCCGUAGUACGCCCGUGGAAAACGUGACGUAGAAUGCUCGAAAUUGGCAGUCUGACGUCCAAAUUGUCAUGCGCACUGACCUUUUUUUUUUCACCCAUGUCAGCUUAAAAAUUAGAAGUAGGGUUUAUGUCAUAUAGCCAUCCAGUUUAAUAUCAAGGUCGGUGAAUAGACAUGGUUAGUGUUACGUCACGAUUUAAGCAACUGAUAUUACUAUUGUCAUAGAAAUACUUCUGCUUUUAAAUUAAUACUUAUUAACCAAAAGAAAACAGUGUUGACUUAUUUUAUGGAUUCAAGUACUUUUAAUGUGGCCGUAAUCUCUGAACAUGUAAAAUUAAUUUCAUCUUGGUAACAGCAAUAGCUCAUAUGUCAGAAAAAGUUUUAAGUCAAGCAAUUUGUCCUAUAUCAAUUUUGCUCAAUAAGCAAAAAUUUUUGAAUGUAACAUAUCAGCUUUCUUCAGUAGUAUAUUAAUUAUUGUUUAAGGCCUGAGCAAUAUUCGUUCUUUUAAUUACAUGCACAAGUUAUGCAUUUUUUUAUUCCUCCUGAAAACUUUCCAAAAUAUGAUUUACAACGUAUUGCUGUUACCAGGACUAUUUGUAUUAUUAUUAAUUAAAUGAAUGAAGCCUUGUUCUUUCUAAAGACAUAAGAGCUGUAAUUAAGGCAAAACGCAUGGUGAAAUUGACAGAUGACAGUUAAAUAUAAGCUAAUCUCUUCGAUCAAUAAUAAUACUCUCCCUAAUUCACCCCCUUAGGAAUGAAUUUUACCCCCAAAAGCUGAACGUGCCUGGGGAAGGGACGUCUAUUAUUAUUAUUUUCCGUGGCGCUCCGGGGCGACUUAAAGAUGAUUGAUGGUGCCAUUUGACUUACAGGUGAGGAAAACCCCAUAUACUAUCAUUGAAACGUUAACGCGUGGCGAUUUUUGUAAUCUGGAUGUCAUAUAAACAGAUAUUAAAUUUCUGCUAAUACGACAUCCACACCUACGCCACCGAGCCGACUAACGUUAUGCUUCUUUACCCAUAUCGGAUGCAUCAAAGAUGCGAUUUUUUGAUUACAUGAUUAGAAUUAAAUUCAAAUGUAGAUGUAAUAAUAAUAUUCAAACGCUCUUGACAAAGUGGUCUCGUGGUAAAAAUGACAGUGAAAGUUACUGAUCAUCGAGUUCGAUAGACGAAUUCAAGGGCAUGGAGUAGAGUUCGAUAGAUUAAUUCAAUAAAAAAAUAAUAUCCAAUUUGACAAUCCCUCCACAAUUAAUAUCUAAUUUCAAAUCCAGACGUAAAAAAUGUCUAAUUAAAUAUCUCUGCGUAUGUCAAUAAUAAUCUCGAAUAGACAAACACAAAUGCAGAUGGAGGGAAUGAUUGUAUCCGAUGUGAAUAAACGCUCGAAAGGUAAAAAAUGCAUUGAAUGUGGACAAAUAAACGUAGAGCUUUAUUUGGAGGGUUCAGAUGUCAAUCAGUGUAAGUCAGUUACCUAAACAAAAAUGAAUCUUUAGAGUAACACAAAUAAAUACAAAAUGAUUAUAAGAAUUUUUUAUUAAAAAAUGAUACAAGUUAUUUUCUUGGAGAUAUAAAAAAUCUAAAUUGAAAUAGUUUAAAAAAUAACUUUUAACACAAAAACUGAGACGUCAUUUUCAACAAAACUAGGUCUGAUUGGCUUCUGAACUCUCCAUUUACAUGUCAAUAUCGAGUUUAAGUACAAACAGGCGAAUAUUUGAAUAGAUAUAACAUAUGGUUUAAUGCAAAUAACCCAUAACUGCAAACGCAUAAAUUUUACAGGAACCUAAAAACAAAAUAUAUUGUUUUCAUUUGAGAUCGUUAAGAUAGGUUAGAUUUGAAAGGAGUUGGACAUUAUUUGUUCUUGUCCAUCGUGACCUUUUCAGAGCUUGCCCUUUCUUAUUAGACUUAAUAGCUUUGACAGUGGCUCCCGCAUGUAGUUAUAUGUGUAUGGUUUUUCUUCACCUAGUGUUAUAAACCUCAGUCUAGCCAGGCCUACACACUGGCACAGGAAGUGGAUUGAUGUUUCCUGUUUCUUCACAGAACCCACACAAUGUUGUUUCUUGUGCUGGAUGGAUGCUACUGAUGUGCCUUCUUAGGCGACAGUGUUCAGUAAGAAGAUCUAUUGUUAUCCUAAUAAUGUCUUUCUUCGAUAGGUCUUUCGUGAACUUGGCAGGUGGUUCUUUAAAGAACUCUUGCUUGAUGGAUGCCUUGCACAAUGCUUUAGCACCGCCGCAGAAGGGUUCGGUCCUGUCGUGGCCUUAUCUGAGCCUUCUUAAGCUAGUUUGUCGGCCUUUUUAUUGCCCUGAUAUCCUUCGUGGGUACCAGUCACUUUGUUUUGACUACUUAGCGCUGUCAGAUCUUCUAGGAAGUCUUUCAUCAGUCGUGAUUUGAUUUCUGGUAAGAAAAUUGGCAUAUUGGUUAAUUUAAUUAUUAAAUAAUUAGUAGAUACAGGAUAUUUGCAAAGAAUUAUUGUCAAACUAGUCAAAAUAUGAUUGGGAAUUUACACCUUUCAAUGAAAAUCAGGAUUUCGUAAAUUUUGUAGAAAUGGGUUACAUUAUCAUUAAGACAUUGACAUUUUAUCAACAUAAUGUAGAUGAUGUCAUUAUUUUAACCAAAAGUAAUAUAACAUUAUACGUUAGUUCAGUCAUUUUGGUUUCACAGACAUUUAAUUCUAUUUCUGGUGUGUGUAAUGCUUGGUGGCUACCCCCAAGCGAGAAAAGUUAAUUUCCUCUGUUGUAUUGUCAAAAACUAACACCGAAACCCUCCUAAGUACCGAAAACCAACACAACUGAAAAUAGUCAUAUAUUUGAAAAAAGAAAAUUGGGAUUGCUAAUUGCUGAGAGCAAGACCUUAGCUUUCCCUGCACUUACAAAGCUGGGUGAAUUGUCCCGAAGGACAUUGCCCAUAAAAGGAACAGAAGAAGAAGACAUUUAAUUCUAACCAAAAUUUUAACAAAAACAUUAAAUUUGACAUACGUUUUUACUGUUUUUAGUUUAUUUCUAAAUAUAGUUUACAGGUCAUAAAAAAUAGUUUAAAGGUAUGUAAUUGGUAACUAAAAGAUUGUAUAUUUGCUUCAUGUUAUCUACUUACUUUAGGAAUAUAUUUAUAAAAGUUAAAAAACGAUAAUAUAAUUUAGGUAAACAAAACGCACUCAAAAAAUCUACUGUCACUUUAAUUGUCAGUGGAACCAUAAUUACAUCAUCACUGAACUAGCGUAUUACAAGUGAAUUUUAACCUCAGGCAGAGCGUAAGGGGUAGAGACGGAUAUUAUUAUUUGCUGUGACGCUGCGGGGCGACUUACGGAUAGUUACUGGUGCCAUUUGACUUAAAGGCGAGGAAAACCCAGAUUACUCUGGACGUAGUAUCAACAGAACUUAUAUUACUGUUAGUUAAUACGCUAUCCAUCAAAUCCUACAACGAACCAUGCAAAUUAAUAAAAAAAAAAUCACAUUGUUUUACUCUUUGAAUUAAACCUAUACGGCGAUUGUCAGUAAUUUGAUACACGCACGCUCAACACUGAGCCGCCGCUCGGUUGAUUUGAGAUUAAUAUAAAUGUAUUAAUAAUUCUUAGGAAUGAAAAAAUUAAUCUUUGCUUUUUUUUGAUACAAGGCGAAUAAGGUUCUUACAUGAUAGAUGUAAUCCUGAUUUACUUGUAAUAGUAGCAAUGUUGGUUGUCUAUAUCGUGACAGCGGAAUUAAAGUGUCUAUUCCAUAUCUUAUAAUGUACUGUAUAACUAAUCACAUGAUCUCGAGACUAGAGUAACAUUUGUUACCUAACAAAUUAUUAUUUUGCUGAUUUAAAAGAAUACGUUCUCUGUAAAAACAAGUAGUAGUGCCAUUUUUUAUAUUAGUGGUUUUUAUCAUUAAAAUUAAAAACCUCAAAUUAAGUGUGUACUUUGUGAUACAGAAAAUAUAGAUUUUUUUUAAAUUUAUUUUUUCAUAUAAACGGAUUCUUAUUUUCUUUAUGAUAAAGUAUAUUUCAAUCACAG